GGUAGUGCUGUUAGCGGGGCGAUGUUGAGUGGAAGGGUGAGGUGGGCUUUGUCGAAGCGAGACCGUCUUACAGUGAUCACGUUCUCCACGCGUGACCUUCCAAGUCUCGCUGCUUCAACGAGAGAGCUCUCGCUGCGUCAGAACGCCGCAAACGGAGCCCAGCUCUGGUUGCGAUGUGGUUGUAUCGAGCGCAGUCAAAACUGGAAAAUAGGGUGGUCUACAAUCCUUAGCCCUCGAGGUUCUUGGGCGCAGAGUCGGAGAAGAGAAGGAAUUCGGAGCUCUCCGGUCGUUCAAAGUGGCUUCCGGUGUGCUUGUGGCAAAGCUUAACAGCGCUGAGUCAGGUAUAUCGGCCUUGGCAUUUACUUUUCACCACCCCAGAACGCAUAUGAUGUCGAGUCAACGUGCAAAGGCGUGAGUGGAAGCGAAUUUUGAUAUCGUAGCCUCGGCUUACACUCGGGGAUGGCACCUCGAGCGAAGAAAGCUGGUCCAACUCAGGUUGCGGACAGUCCUGCGCCCAAGAGUACGACAAAGGCACCACGAAAGCCACCGGUACGGCGAGACAAGGCCAAAGAGCAUACUGUAGUGAACAGCACUGCCUCAGAAGUCGAUCCAAACAACAACGUACGAAAUGCUGCCGCCACAGCGCCUGCGCCUAUCGAUGGCGGCCAUCCUCCGAAACCUCAGCAUUCUGCCGCUCGUGAUGACAUGGAUGCUCUACUCAAGCCGUUUUACUACAGCAAGAGUCUGACCGACCCAAUCAAUACGGCUCGUGAUAAAUGGAAUCUUCUGCCAGCCUUUCUGCGCGUCAAAGGUCUCGUGAAACAGCACAUUGACUCGUACAACUAUUUCACCGAUGUUGCUCUCCAGGAGAUCGUACGAGCCAACCGCUACAUCCGCUCCGAUGCACAGAAGGAUAGGUUCAUACAGUUCACUGGUAUCAGAGUCGGCAACCCGAACCGACAAGACGAUCGUGACCGGACAAACCACGAGUCUCCUGUCACUCCGAACGAGUGUCGUUUGCGAGAUAUGACAUACGCCGCACCAAUCUUUGUCGACUACGUCUGGUCGAGCUCCACGGGCCUCAGACGAAAGACAAACAAAAUGAUCGGUCGGAUGCCCAUGAUGCUGCGUAGCUCGAAGUGCGUGCUCAGCGGCAGGUCAGAGGCAGACAUGGGCAUGCUUAAUGAAUGUUCGAUCGACCCAGGCGGGUACUUCAUUGUACGGGGGCAGGAGAAAGUCAUUCUUGUCCAAGAGCAGCUCAGCAAGAACCGUGUUAUCGUCGAAUCCGCGAAGGGCAUCAUCCAAGCAUCCGUCACAAGUCACACGGCCAACGUCAAGACAAAGACCUAUGUGCUGUUGAAGAAGGGGCUUCUCGUGCUGAAACACAAUUCUCUGACCGAAGACAUUCCGGUAGCAAUCGUGCUCCGUGCCAUGGGCGUCCAGUCCGAUCAUGAAAUCUUACUUCUUGCUGCUGGCAACGAUGCCACAUAUCAAGAUGAAUUCGCACCUAAUCUGGAACAAGCGGCCUUGGAGGGUGUCUUCACCCAAGAGCAGGCGCUCGAUUACAUUGCAUCCCGCUUCAAACCGGAUCGCUUUCCGACAUUCGCUGGCAAGGCUUCCAAAUCUCCAAAGCAGCAAGCACUUGACAAGCUCGCUGGUACCAUAAUCCCACAUGUUGAAGUUGAGGGGCUCAACUUCAGGCCUAAGGCACUCUACAUUGCCUUCAUGACCCGCCGUGUGCUCAUGGCGAUGCAUGAUCCGAAGCUUGUGGAUGAUCGGGACUAUGUAGGCAACAAGCGGCUAGAGCUUGCGGGCCAAAUGCUUGCCCUGCUAUUCGAGGAUCUCUUCAAGGAAGUUACGAAGCAGAUCAAGCUCAGUAUGGACAAGAUACUGAAAAAGCAUAACCCCACGCAAGAGUUCGAUCCUGAGAGGCUCAUUGACCUUUCUGAGUCGAGAAUCACUACCGGCUUGGAGCGUGCCAUAUCAACUGGCAACUGGGCGCUUAAGCGUUUUCGAAUGGACAGGGCUGGCGUUACACACGUCCUAAGCAGGUUGAGCUACAUCAGCGCUCUCGGCAUGAUGACACGAAUUACAUCGCAAUUUGAGAAGACUCGCAAAGUAUCCGGACCACGUGCGCUGCAGCCCUCGCAAUUUGGUAUGCUGUGUACGUCCGACACGCCGGAAGGCGAAGCUUGCGGCCUAGUGAAGAACUUGGCACUUAUGACACACAUUACCACCUCCGACGACGAAGCACCUAUUAGGCGGAUGGCGUUUAGUCUCGGCGCCGAAGACGUUACCUCUGCUUCAGGCACCGAAGUCUACAGCGCUGGUGCUUACAUCAUCUUCGUCAACGGCACACCGGUUGCGCUGACCAGGCAGCCAAAACAGUUCCUGGUCGCUUUCCGCAAAUUCAGGCGCAUGGGUCGCAUCUCGGAGUUUGUAAGCAUUUACAUCAACCACCACCACAACGGCGUACACAUUGCUACAGAUGAGGGCAGAAUCUGUCGGCCGCUGAUCGUGGUCGAGAAUGGCAAGUCGAAGGUGAACGCUCGCUUCCUGGACUCCCUUCGUAAAGGUACCAUGGGCUUCGAUGAUGCGCUAUCGCGAGGCAUUGUGGAGUAUCUAGAUGUCAACGAGGAGAAUGACUCAAAUAUUGCAGUCUAUGAAGACGGCAUCACCCAACAUACCACUCAUCUGGAAAUCGAGCCCUUCACCAUCCUAGGCGCUGUCGCUGGCUUGAUACCAUAUCCUCACCAUAAUCAGUCGCCACGAAACACCUAUCAAUGCGCCAUGGGCAAGCAAGCAAUCGGCGCCAUUGCCUACAAUCAGUUCACUCGUAUUGAUACCCUGCUCUAUCUAAUGGUCUAUCCACAGAAGCCCAUGGUCUCGACACGAGCGAUUGAGCUGGUCAAGUAUGAUAAGCUUCCCGCCGGGCAGAAUGCUAUCGUUGCAGUCAUGUCGUACUCUGGCUAUGACAUUGAAGAUGCCUUAGUGCUCAACAAGGCGUCCUGCGACCGAGGGUUUGGUCGUUGCCAAGUGUUUAAGAAGAUCAAUGUACAACUCAAGACGUACGGAAACGGAGCCACUGACCGAGUUACCGGCCGAGACGACGCAAACCCGAAGCAUGUCAAGCUUGGCAAAGACGGCAUAAUCGAGGCCGGCAUGCAAUUGGCGGCGGGGGAUACCUACAUGCUCAAAGAGAAGCCUUUGCAACAGUCAGUUUCCGUCGCGGCUUCCGCGCAAAUCUGGGCUCCCGAACACAUGUCUUAUAAGCUGCCGGAUCCGUGCUAUGCCGAUAAGGUUAUGGUUGGCACCACUGAAUCGAACCACACCAUCUUCAAGAUUCAGACUCGACAGACGAGAAGGCCGGAAGUUGGUGACAAAUUCUCUUCUCGUCAUGGUCAGAAGGGUGUCGUGGGCAUCAUUGCUGAACAAGCGGACAUGCCGUUCUCGGAUAGUGGUAUCACACCAGACAUUAUAAUGAACCCUCACGGUUUCCCAUCGCGAAUGACCGUUGGGAAGAUGCUCGAGCUGGUCGCUGGCAAGGCAGGAGUCUUGAAGGGUACGCAAGAGUAUGGCACUGCGUUUGGCGGCAGCAAAGUCGAAGAAAUGGGCAACGAGCUCAUCAGGCAGGGUUUCAGCUAUUCUGGCAAGGACUGCGUGACUUCCGGAAUCACUGGCGAAAGCUUGCCCGCAUACGUAUUCUUUGGACCGAUCUACUACCAGAAGCUGAAGCAUAUGGUGCAGGACAAGAUGCACGCUCGCUCGACCGGUCCGAGAGCCAUUCUGACACGGCAGCCUACAGAAGGCCGUAGCAGAGCAGGUGGUCUACGUCUUGGUGAGAUGGAGCGAGACUGUCUGAUCGCUUAUGGUGCCAGUCAACUUCUGCUCGAGCGCUUGAUGCUAAGCUCCGACGCUCACGAGGUCGACGUUUGCGAGACCUGUGGAAUGAUGGGCUACAACAACUGGUGCACGAGCUGCUCAAGCAGUGUCGGCGUGGUCAAAAUGACGAUGCCGUACGCCGCCAAGCUGCUCAUACAAGAGUUGCUGAGCAUGAACGUCAAGGCGAGCUUGCAGCUGGAGGAUGAAUUUCCCAGGGACUAAGGCGUGCGUACUGACGUUAUGACGAGCAGACGGCCUCUAAGCAUAGCGUGAAGGUUUAAGAUGAGAACAAGCAUAGCGAUGGCGUUCUCUACAGUCCGUGUAGGUACCAACAUAAGGUAAGUAAUCAACUGUAGCCCUUAAGCGUGAGUCAUGUACAGUAGCAGUCUCAAAUAUAUGUCGCCACCA